CUUUGCUUCCAUCGAUCUCGACGAAAAGUGAGAUAUACAAAUGCGCCCGCGGCAUUUCCACCACAACCAAAAUUUCACUCACUGAGCAAAACGCUCUUGUCUCACCUGCCAUCUGCGCUCAUUCUUUUCAGCUGCUUUGAUCGGACUGAGGACCACAACUUAUCUCCUGCUAAUGGCUUUUCCCGAUUCAAUCACUUUGUCCAGAGGCAUCUGGGGCCGGCCAUAGUCCGAUCUCUCAAGAUAACGAUAACAUGGCAGCCAAUGCCGAGGUGCAAUGGCAUGCUGCGAAACAAAUCCAUCGAGAACUCCGAGCGAAACUGAAAGAGAGGGAAAGUUUGAUAGGCGAUAUUGAGGAUCUUAUAUCGGAGUUGCGCGUUGCAUGCGAGACUACGAUCUUCGCCGACUUCGAAUACGCUACCGCCGAGGGUGUGGAAACUGCUCUUUGGGAAGCACAUAGUUCGAUCAACAAGCGAUACCGAAAAAUUGUCGCCAGGCUGAAAACCCCCGAACAGAAAAGAAUUACAGUCGAGAGACGGAAAUGGGAGAAGCGAUAUGCCGAUUUUCUCAAGCUGAGCCAAUACUACUAUAAAGGCUACAUCCAGCGGCUGGCAUCCCACUUCGAUGGCCUCGAGGAGCUGCGCAUCAUAGCGCACCGGCUUACACUGAGCACACUCUCAGCUGAUCCUCCCGUGGAAGUCUCUGAAGAUCUGAAGCACCUUAUCCUCCUGUCAUGCCACUCAACCCUUCUUCGACUCGGCGAUUUAUACCGAUACCGCAAUGAUCUCAAUACGAAAGAUCGGAGCUGGGAGAAGGCCAACGCUCACUAUGGGCUUGCGAAUGACCUAUAUCCAGACUCAGGGAGAGCAUUUAACCAAAUGGCAGUUAUCUCGCUGGCGGAUGGUAAUCAUUUGGAUGCCGUCUACUACCUGUAUCGUGCGUUGGCAGUGAAGGAGCCCCAUCCAUUGGCGCAGUCAAACCUCGCGGUUGAAUUUAAAAAGAUUACCACAACAUGGCUUGGACCGGCUCAAAAGAGAGAUUCGCCGGUUGGUAACCCUGCUGCGGGUAUGGUGCUAUGGUUUGUCCGCCUUCAUGCUCAGUUGUACAAAGGAGAAGAUUUCCCCAACCACGAUGAACUCGAGAACGAAGUAUUGAGUCAAAUGACCGUUCUUCUUAAAGAACAAUCACUGGAAGAUAUUCUGGACAGAAUUGUUAUUAUUAACAUUGCGGCAGAGUAUUUUGCUGGUGUGAGACUUGCAGAAGCGGAAAGUGAUGAAGCCAGUGAAAGAUGCGUCCAAGCAUACUAUUUCUACCUGAGGCUUAAUGUCAGGAUGCUGUUUAUGCUUCUUCAAUUACUGCAGCCAGAGCUUGAUGAUGCCAAUCAUGGCCAUAAUGCUCCGGAUGUAACUGGAAAAGAAAAGCAAACCUCCGCCGAGUCCAUUACAGCGGUGACUCGUCGAAUCCUACCCGCACUGCGUCAAUACAGCACAUGGUUGGUGGCCACAGCACCUGUUAUUAGCGCUCAAGUGGGAACCGCACCCAUAUGCAUUCACAUUAAGGAGAUGUGGUCAAUGUACUGCACCACCUUGAGUCUUCUUGUUGCAGUGUUCCCUGUGGCCGAAUUACCCGAUAUUGAUUACUUGCUGGAGGAAGACUCUGCUACGGUUGGAUUUAAACCAUUCCGGGACAGCACUCUUUGCAGGCUGUACACGGAUAGUGAAGAUAAGCUGAAGAAGCGGAGCACAGAUCCAGGAGUUGAGCGCCAUCAUCCGAAUGUAGAAAUGAUGGCGAGGAUUCGAGAAAUUCUAAGAGAUGGCAUGGUUCUCGCUACGAAUACUGAGUAUCCUAUUUACGCGGUGGAUGGUCAAUUUCGCUUUUUUGAGGAUGGACCUCCUCCGUCAGCACUAGAAGAUGCAAGCCCAAUGACACAACCGUCUGAAUUAGAGACGCAAGCGAGUUCGAGGUUCAGCUAUACCGGCGAACAUCAACGUGUAAUUGAGCUUAGCAGCGAGUUCAAAAGGCCUCCAAGCGUCGAUCCGUCCGAAUCUCACCAGAGCCUAUCUACGGAUAUGUAUCAAAUGGUCGAUGACCUAGUGACUCCAUCCAAGAUGAUCACAGAUGGCAAUGUCAACGGAAGCGCUGAGACUUCUUAUGGGAUGCACAGCAAUACCGCAUUGGAGGUGUUUGCUUCUUUUCAAGGCAUGAACCAAGAACCUUAUCAGCCGACUCCUCCUAGAAUAUCGGGUUUCCCCGGAUUCGCGCCUUCACCUUUCUCGCCCCGUCCCGGAGAAUUGCAGGGCUCAGGACAUGAAUGGCCACCAGUUACUAGAGGCACGGGCAAAGAAAAUUACGCUCCCAUGACAUCCUUCCAACACAGUAGUAACAACUCUACGCCACAUAGCAAUUGGGAGAGAACACCCUCGACCGCAAAUACCAGCUUUCCACGCGGUGGACCGUCUUUCAAUGCCGCUCAGCAAUUGCAGCAGUCAUUGGAAGCACAGCAUCAGCCAUCGGGCUUUUCCAACAGUAGUAGCAUCUACCAGAACACCCCGGUUAAUCAUCUUGGUGUGAACGGCAACCAGACGCCAUAUAACCUUCCACGCAAGCUUGGACCAGGAUAUGCACCACGAAGCGAGUAUGAGAAGCAAGUUAUGCUUCAGAGUUCCGCUUGGAACGGCAGCCAGCCAGCAGCCUAUGCUCGCAAUGACCCAACGCCACCAAGUGGGCAAGGUAGCUGAUCCAUAUGGCCGAAAGUGUCACCGAUCGAGGGACAUUCUAUCUGUACCGAACUAGAGUACAUACUCACGAUGAACAUAACGUCGACAUGAGACAAUAGUUCGCAUGAACCAUGCCAUACAUCUUCGGUAACGAGUCACUGCCAAUAUGCGUUCAUAGAAAUCCAAGAGUCAGAUUGACAUCUGUCUUAUUCUAUAUAGCUGACUUUUUCUGUACCUGGCUAUGCCUGAUCGUGGAGGAUCAUAACUAUUCAUGGCAUCAUCAUAUGCGCUCUACGCCGAAGGCGCCCCCCGGUGUUGAAAUCCAUGGCCCGCCCUUCUUUAACGCCGCAUUUACUGUGAAAGGAAUGAAUGGACUAAUCUAGGCAGAACGAGUGUAGGUCUGCUUGGGGAAUGGGUAUCUGAGAGGUGCAGUGGUUAGCAAAGUUCAUUACAAUAGGGAUAUUGAGUGGCUCUCAUAGCAUAACAAUGACAAUCUGUUGCAACCCUGCGCUUGGUGCUGUAGACCGCAAUGUGAUGUAAGGAGUUAGGAGUAUGGAGAUGUGCACUUACGAAGGUCCAAGCUCUUGGAUACCAAGGCGGGCCAACCACUGGCCCAUGUCGACGCUCUCCUCGACAGACUUGUUCUGAACAAGACCAG